AUGAAGACAUCACACCAACACGAAAAAUCAAAGACAGAAGAAGAAAAACUAUCCGAAGCCUGUAAGAAAAUCGCCAGAUUAGAAACCGACAACUCCCAGUUCAAAAAAUCCCUCCUGAAAAAGGAUCGAGCAGUCGAGGAGCUAAACAGGUACAAAUCACAGGUGGAAGCCGAGCUAAACUCACUCAUCCAAAGAUUAGAGUCGACUCAGAAGGAAAAUUCCUCCCUCAAAUACGAAAUCCGGGUUCUCGAGAAAGAACUCGAAAUUCGGCACGAAGAGAGAGAAUUCGAUCUCCGAACUAUCGAUGCUGCCCAAAAGAAGCAAAUCGAGAGCCUCGAAAAAAUCUCGAGACUCGAAUCUAAAUGUCAGAAGCUCCGCUCACUCGUUCAGAAACGCUUGUUGGGCCCCACUGCUUUCGCGAGGAUGAAGAACGAAAUCGAGGGGCUUGAAAAGAACUCGCCUGAGAAAUCGAGACGAAGACGGUUGAAUCAAAGAUUUGUUGGAUCGACGGAUUUCCGCGCUGACGUGGCGGGUGACGGGUUGACUAAAAGGGUUGACUUUUUGAGCGAGCAGUUGCAGAGGAUGGAGGAAGAGAACACGAGGCUAAAAUGUGCGCUCGAGGGGAAAUUGAGUGUGGACGAAUUAUAUAAAGGUCAGAAAACAAUUGACGCGAGUCUGUCUGAGUUGGGCAGUGAUGAGAAAGCUAGCUUUGCUGGGUCAUGGGCAUCUGCCUUGAUAAACGAGCUUGAGAAUUUCAAGAAUGAGAAGAAAUUGAACACUUACAUGGGAACUCCAGACAUGAAACUCAUGGAUGACUUUGCAGAGAUGGAAAAGCUGGCACAUUCACCUGCAGUAAAAGAUGGAAAAAUUAGUUUCUUAAAUUCAAAAGCAUGUGGUAAAGGAAAUGAAAAUGAAAAUUGUUCGACUGGAAAAAAGAGUGCGAGUGAGUUCAACAUGAGUGUACCGUUGAAAAAAAUCAUUGAGCUUCUUGAAGGAAUAAAUGUAGUACCACAAGAUGAUAUUGGUAAGAUUUUGCUGAGUAAGGACUUGGCAAUCCAAAUGAUUCGAGUGUUCAAAUGUGAAAGUGGGGAAGUAACAGCUGUUUUGAGACGGUUUGUUCAAAUUUGCGAUGAAUUGUUGGGUGGAGAAGCUGAUAUUGAACAGUUUGUUCAAUUGGUAGCCUCUAAUUUGGAGUGGUUUAUGAGCCACUGCUUUGAGCUUCGAGAUGUCAUGAGCAUGAGCGAUUACGGUGGAUCGGGAAGACAAUCUGCAGAAACUAGUGACCUGUGUAUUGUAACAAACGAGGCAAAAACAUUGAACUUACAACCAGCAAAUAAGAAAUUAUCGAUCAAAGGUCAUGAAGAGCAGCAAAUUAAGAAGGUUGAGACUUUCGGAAUUCAACUUAAAGACUCGAACGGCAUAAUCAAGCAUUCACAGUCAGAGAAGCCUACUAAGAGGGAGUCUGUAGAUAAUAGUUCCGAAGAUCAGACUGAAGAACAGAAGAUAAUGAAACAAGACAGUCAGAGUCAGACACAGAUUGUGAAAACAAACUUUGAAUACAACAAACCUUGCGAAGAGAUUUCAUGUGGAGAAAAUGAUCUCGAAAAUACUAGAAAGUCUUUCAAAGAUCUGGAAGAAACAUGCCAUGACCUGAAAAAACAGCUAGAUGGGGAGAGAAGCAAAGAAGUCACAAAUGACAAAAGUCAACUUCAAAAUGAUGUGGAAAUUACUUCGGCUUCAGAUAAAUUGGCCGAGUGGCAAGAAACCCUACGAAAUCUGGGGAAGCAAUUAAAGGCAUUGGCUUCCCCUAAAGAUGCAGACUUUUUUGAAAAGAUGUUAGCAGAAGACAAUAAUGUUAAAAUCGGUAUCUCACCCAAAACGGUAGAUGCCAUUGAGAAUGGACACGAUAAUUCUGCUUUUAGCAACAAUGCAACAUCAGAGACUGGGAGCAACUUUACCUAUCUAAAUGAAAUUGGUCAUGAUGCAGACAGAAAUGCAAUUGUUCACAAGGCUAUUGUCCCUCGUAGGAAAAAAGACAGCAAGAGUUUUCUAAAGAAGUUAAUCUGGUGGAAAAAGAGAAGUAAUGGCAAGAAGACACCUUUCCCAUGA